AUGUACGGCGACCUGGGAAACAAACUGGUCCAACACGCCAAACGCAUCCAAUCCCUUCCGCACGUCCCCCCUCACCACACAGACCUCGUGAGCAGCCUCAUCGGCGAAGUCCACGAGCUCAACGCGAACGUCACCCACCUACUCUCCCCUUACGGCGACCAGGACGGCAACACGCCAGCCUUCAACCCGUCCGCCGAUCCGGCCACGGCGUGCGCUCUGCUCGUCAACCACCUGUGCAUGCGCCGCAACAAGCGGUGUCUGUUGGCGUAUCACCGCGUGCGGGUGGAGAAGGUUGAGGAACUGUGUUGGAAAGGGUGGGAUGUGGUGGAUUAUCGGCAGGAGAGGCGGCAGCAGGAACAGCAACGAGGGGAACAAGGUGGUGGUGGUGGUGGGAGUGGGAACGUGUUGAGUCCCGAGGAGGAGGAGUACCUGAGGCUGUAUGGGGAGAUGCUGCUGAGUUAUAAAGGCCAGUGGACGGAUGUGGAUCUUACGGGAAGUUUGGAGCCGCCGCGGGAUCUGUUCAUUGAUGUGAGGGUGCUCAAAGAUGUGGGGGAGGUGCAGACGGAGUAUGGGUAUGUUGUUCGUCGUCUUGCUCUUCUGUUUUUCUGCUGGGUUGGGGGGCUAGGUAAGGGCGUGGAGUGUUAUUUUAUUGCUGACCUACGUGCAGGUCGAUUAAUUUGA